AUGCAGGGUGCGAUAUGGGAGAGACAAAAUUGGGACGGAAAUUAUCAGCACAAAUACGAACAUGUCCAAAGGUCUGAUACCGAAUCCAGCGAAACACUCGAGGAAACGUAUUACAACACGAAACUGCAGCCUAUCAGCCAUCGUCGCUUUAAGAUCGUAGGACUCUUGCUGUUUGUGUUGGCGGUCGUUGCUCUUGGGGGAGCGGGUUGGACAUGGAUAAGAACAGAUAGAGGAUCCAUCCGUUGGAAUGAUCUCAGAUUAGAUCCCCAUGCUCCACGACGAACACCACUAUCAUGCGGAAAUUCUACAGAAGAGGCCGAGGCACUGGACUGCGAAUACGACGUUCUUGCUGCCAAUUGGCUUCACCGAGAUUGUCCACGAAAUUACGUGGAUGAAUUUUAUUAUUUUCAGAAUGGUACAGCUUGGCCCUAUUAUACGGAUCAGAACGGAACACAUCAGAUGAGUCUCUACGAGCUUGCUCACAAGGGUUAUUACUGGAGUUCUACAAGAGAGCAUUUGGUUCAUUGUUCCUUUAUGUUGAAAAGGGGUCAUGAUGUUAUGGCACGAGGUGACAGGCUGGACGGUCUGGUGGGAAGCUUGGAACACGCAAAUCAUUGUGCACAAUAUCUGAUGGAAAAUUUGGGACUUCCAGACGAGGAGCUAGAUAAGAUUCGGACAUACGGAACGAUUGGUUUCCUGCUAAGCACCGUCACAAAGUCAUUAUUCCGUGAUGCACUGAAUGCUGGCUAA